CUCUCCCUCUCUCUCUCGUUUUUCUUCACAGUUAUACUCCUCAAGUGUCCAUCUCCCAAAGCUUGUUUUGAGUUGUCAUCAUGGGAAUUCAGAAGCCGGCGUGGUUGGAUGCACUCUACACGCAGAAAUUCUUCGUGGCGUGUUCGUACCAUGAGAUGACCAAGAAGAACGAGAAGAACGUGUGCUGCCUCGACUGCUGCAUCAGCCUGUGCCCUCAUUGCGUCCCCUCCCACAGAUUCCACAGACUUCUUCAGAUUCGCCGGUACGUUUACCAUGACGUCGUUCGCCUCGAAGAUCUUCAGAAACUUAUCGACUGCUCUAAUGUCCAGGCAUACACUAUAAACAGUGCAAAGGUGGUGUUCAUCAAGAAGAGACCACAGAACAGACAGUUCAAAGGAGCUGGGAACUAUUGCACUUCCUGUGACAGAAGUCUCCAAGAAUCUUUCAUUCAUUGCUCCUUGGGUUGUAAGGUGGAUUUUGUGCUAAAACGUUACAAGGACUUGACACCAUUCCUAAAGCCAUGCCACACGUUAACCCUAGGCCCCGACUACAUCAUCCCUCAAGACGUGGGGCUCGCCGACUCGGAUCAGGCCUACGAGACGCCUCGGUCCACGGUGGUUGACUCGGACGAGCCCAUGAGCUGGUCCUCCGGCGCCUCCUCCGGCAACUCCUCCGACAUCUAUCCUCACGCGCCGCCGUACGCGCCCACCACGAACAACGUAGUGAGGAAGAAACGAAGUGGGUUUUACGUUUGUGGAAAAUCAUCGGCGAGUAGUUAUAAAGUGGCGAGUGAUGAUCAAGACGACAUCUCCACUUGCAUCAACCGACGCAAAGGCAUUCCUCACCGGUCGCCUUUAUGUUGAAAUCUUGGGUUCUUACCGGUUUUUUUAAUUACAAAUAUAUAUUCAAUAUAUAUCAAAAUGGAUGGACUAUGAUGGGCCUUUUUGAAUAAAAAAAGUUUAUAUUAGUAUUUAAGUAUCGGUCCAAGUAUAAUCAAUUUUAAUUGUCGGUGUAAUCUCCCUAGAGACAUAUAAAACAUGAAUUAGAUACGAUGAAAUGGUAUUAAGAUAUUAUCGAAGAGCUUACGUUGUUUAUUGUUAUGUUUCUUAAUUUUUAUUUCUCAAGAUUCGAUUGCUCACUCUAUCACGUGGUUUAUAUUUCCGAGUUUGGUUCUUUCACGCUCUCUUUCUAACUAAAUUCGCCUGCAAACGCACUCACAUCGAUCAUAUGAUUACUUAUAGCCCUUUCACGUUCCAAUUAAUCCAAUCAACAAAUUUCGAGAUGUAUUACGUAUGCAUAAUAUAGGAAAAAUUAAAUUCAAGAUUUGUCGCAAUUUUC